AUGUCCGGGGCAUGGGGCACGGAGGCCGUGGAAAGAGCACCUAUCGAGGAAAUCCCUCUGAUAACCGAGGUCCACAUCGAUGGCUUGGCCGUCCUUAAAAUCAUCAAGCACUGCACGGAGAGCCUUCCGCAGAUGGUGGCGGGGUCCCUCCUAGGCUUGGACCAAACGGGCGUCCUUGAGGUAACGCACGCGUUCCCUUUUCCGACGGCGGCGGCGGGGCCGGACGGGCAACCGGCGCCGGAGGACAUGGACGGGCAGGACUAUCAGAUGGAGAUGAUGAAGAUGUUGAGAGAGGUUAACGUGGACAACAACUGCGUGGGGUUCUACCAGUCGAUGUACCUGGGGUCGUUCUGCACCCAGACGCUGAUCGACAACCAGUUCAGCUAUCAGGAGAACCUGAGCGACAACUCGGUAGUGAUCCUUUACGACCCGGUGCAGACGUCGAACGGGCAGCUGACGAUCAAGGCGUACCGUCUGUCGAAGGCGUUCAUGCGAGUCUACCGCGAGAAGAAGAACGAGGUCAUCAAGCCUUCCGAGAUCUUGGAGGAGCUGCCCAUCAAGAUCAGGAACCCGGGCAUCAUCAACGCCCUCAUCUUCGACCUCCAGGAGGAGGACCGCGUGGACUGCGACUUCGACCGGCUAGACCUGUCGACCAACCCGUACCUGGAGAAGAACCUUGAGUUCCUCUGCAACUGGAUAGACGACCUCUCCAACGAGCAGCAGAAGUUCAACCAAUACACUCGGAACGUCGCGCGGCAGAAGCAGGACCAAGCGCGAUUGCUCCAGAAGCGCAAACAGCAAAACGACGAGCGCCGAGCUGCGGGCGAGGAAGCGCUGCCGGAGGAAGAUUCGGCGCUCGACAAGAAGUUGGAUGCGCCGAAUCGAAUGGAGGGGCUGUUGAUCUCGAACCAGAUCUCCGCAUACUGCUCUCAGAUCAAUAAGUUCGCGGGGUCGUCCUUCGAGAAGCUCUUCUUGGCCGGCUCUCUGCAGAAGGAGGCGUGAUUCUGUUGGGUAUAUUUACGGGGGGGGAGGGGUUGUUUUUUUGCUUUUUCUUGUCAUCCGCACGUGCUGCCAUCCAGGGAUCUUCGGUCGUGCCUGUUUUCGAAAUUCCGCCGCAGGUGUUUUGACCAAUCUGCGAAUUGCGUGCCACAAAACCUUUUUCUCUCUGCUGUGUGUGUCGUCUGAUUUUCCUACAAGCAGCCUUGGAAUCACAACCCGUAGCCUAAAGUUAAAGUACAAGAGAGAGAGAGAGAGCGGGAGUGUGAGAGAGAGGCCAUCAUCGAGAUUUUUUCGUGCCCCUCCUCUUUUUCCACGUGUGGGUCGAGAAGGGUGCGCAGUCGCAUCGCAUUAUUGGCGGCAUAGAACUAGCAAGGAAGGUUUGUUGAUGCUGAUUGAUGAGCGGCGAACGGCCAUGAUUUUGCAGCGGUGGUGGUGCUUCUGGCGCUGCUGCUGCUGCUGCUGCUGCUGCUGCUGCUACAGCUGCUGCGGCCUUAUCAGCACGUUUGUUUUUUGUGUGCCAAGCGUAACUCAUUCUGCUCACGAAGUCUAGUGAAAGUGUAAGAAAGAGCGUGACGUGACGACGUGUAGGACAGCAUCUAUCUCUGGCCGGACGGACUUGUAGGAGUUGAUUGCUGGUUGCCGCUGGGGUUUGUGCUUGGCGAAGAAAACGACGAAAACAUGGGCGUUAUUUUUGCCGGUAAGUCCACACGUGUGUCUCUGUUGGACCGCUUUUCACUUGUUGUACGGCUUUUGCUUGCUUGUGUCUUUCCGUCUAAUUGUGUCUUUCCGUCUAAUCGAGUCUCUGACUGAGACGCUACAUGCCUCUCCUUCAUGUAAUUGUUCAACAUCGGUUAAACACGCAACACAAGAGACGAAUCACCGAG